UAAUUAUUUAUAUACAUACAUACAUACAUACAUACAUAUAUACAUACAUACAUCAGUCGGAGCAAACCAUAGGGAGCAAGCAGAUAGAUACCAUUUCUCCUUGGUCUCUGCUUCAAUUCCUGUCUACAGGGUCCUGCCUUGAGUUCCUACCCUGACUUCCGUUCAUGGUGGAUUACAAACUGUAAGCAGAAAAAAGCCCUUUCCUGUCCACGUGGCUUUUAUGAUGGUGUUCCUCAUAGCAAUCGAGAGAAAACUAGGACAAAUCUGUGUCCUGUUUUUAGCUGGCUCACUUGUUUUCUGGACUCUGGGUUUUUAAAUAGUUCUCUAUGGACUGGAUGUUAGCCCUCCAGCAAACAAAUAGCGGGCAAAUGCAAGCGACACCAACGGGUUCAGAGAUGGUGUUUAUAGUUACGGCCGUGUGCAUGUGCAUAGACAAUGACAAUUAAAGAAGGACAGAUAAUUAAAGGGCUGGUUGUGAGUUUGAGGGGGGUAGCGUGAGUAGAGUUAGUGUGGGAGAGAGUAGGUAGAAAUAAUAUAAGUGCGUCUGCUGCUACACUGCUUCCAGUGAUGGACAUAGGGAAGGCUCCUCUUGCAAGAGGUCAGGACUGCUUGGAAGACGACGCCCAUGGUUACUCGCCCAUCUUUACUCAGGGCCCAGUCAGUGGAGGCUCAGAAGAAAAAGUGUUCGCUAUUUAACAGCCAGUAAGUGAAUAGGAAAAGUAAGUCAUGAUCCUCAGGACAUUGACUUUUAGAAUUUUUUAUUGGAACCUCAGAGUCAGCGGAGAAUCCUUGAACCUGGCCAGCAGUCGCUGGCUGAGGGGAAGAAGAUGCCUGAAGUCCCCAGCUGGUGAUCAGUUUGCCUAUUCAUCUAAUCCUGUUUCCUACAUGUCCCCAAGGCAUUCAGUGCCUUGCGUGAAUGUCAUGGUGCCAUGCAGUAGUUUUUAGGGACAUUCGUGUGCACUGAGAGUACUGGCACGCUCAUUUGGAAGUCCAGACUUUGAAUCCAUACCCUGUUUAAUAUGGCCUUAAAUUCACCAGUUGAAAUAAGAAAGUUUGAACCCAGGUGUGGUUACACACACCUGUAAUCGCAGCCCUCAGGAGGUGGAGGGAGGAAGAUCGGGAAUUCAAGGCCGCCCUUGAAUUCCAAAGCAACUGUCAAUCACCUCUCCAAACAAUCCGCUGUAGAAGAGAAAGAUAUGGAAACCAUAUCUCUAUGAAUUCCUUCCCAUCUUUCAGAAACCGGAGGAUGCACGGAGUUACAGAGAGCUUAGAGCUACGUCUCGUUUCCCCUACGAGGUGAUUGCUUGCGGCUCUGCUCCGCCAUCCUCCAAGCUUUGAGAAAGCAUCUUUAUUUUAGGACAAAAUACAUACUUGUACAUUCUCAUUGCUUCUCCAAACUAGAACAACUUUCUCUUAAAAAAGAGAAAGCCAGGUUUAUAGACCUUACUGUAAUCUUACCUCACAAUUAAAAUCAUAGUCCUCUUCCCCUGGGAUACUUCUGGGAUUAGUUUUGUUGCUGAGUUACUUUUAUUGUGGGCAGAUGUGUAGGGUAAGUUUCUUACAUAUGUUUUUAAAAAGAUUUAUUUAUUUAUUUUAUGUACAUAUGAGUACACUGUCCUGUCUUCAGACACACCAGAAGAGGGCUUCGGUUUCCCAUUACAGACGGUUGUGAGCCACCAUGUUGUUGCUGGGAUUUGAACUCAGGACCUCUGGAAGAGAAGUCAGUGCUCUUAACCACUGAGCCAUCUCUCCAGCUCCUUAUAUAUGUUUUUAAAGCAUACAUAUGAACUCAAAAGGAAAAUCAUCCUCUUAUAGCCCUUAAUUUUUUUAUUGAUACUUAAAUAUUUCCUAUAGGUUGAGUAUAGUUAAUAUUUUAUGAAUUUUUAUAUGUCCAUUUCAUACACUGAAUCUGAAUGAUUGAAAAUGAAGCAGUAACAAUCCUGCUGAGAAGAAUCUGGCAGUCAACUUACGGAAAUUAGGCAUGGAAAACUAAAGAAAGAGAGCAGUUAAAUGUUUAGCGAGCUGUGGAUAUUUAUUAUAAAAGCUCAGAAGCCAGCAAGAUCCUGGGGAGUUAGUAUUAUUACUUUGUUUUGGUUUUCUAUGUAUCUCUUUUACAAAGACCCUGGCCCACUGGCUAUACAGUCAGAUAUAGGCCACAUUUUGAGGUUGCAUGGCAGCAACCUCAAAAAAGGCACUCAAGAAACAUUUGGUUGGAUAUUCACAUGAGUGAACCAAAACGUCCACUUUUAAAUAAGUAACUACUGAAGGAAUACAUGGUUGGGCCCUGGAAGGUGUUUUGACUAGUUUAUUUGUGUUCACUGGGACUUGAAUUCCCUUCCUCCUCCCUGCACCUCGGGCCUCAAUCUUACGGUAACUAGCAGAUCCAGGCAUGCCUCUCUGUAAGCAGGAACACAGGAAGGAACCCCAAAUCCCUCUUCAUUAUUUUCUCAGUUCCCAGGGCAGCCCACACACUGGUGCUGUCUGUCACCGUCUCGAAGGCUCCAGAUCCAUCUGCCAGCUAGGAAUGACUCGACUUCCCUGGGCCUCUGCCACCCCGGCUCCCCUUAAUUAAACCUGCCUGCUGUCCCCAGGGUGCUCUAAGACUUGAUUACCUUGUCAAAUCUUCUGUCUCAUGAAAUCCAUCCUAUGGGGCAAAAUGGAAAAGUAAAUAACCAAACUCAUUAAACCGGUGCUCUUAUUUUGCACGGAAUCUAAGUCAAUCAAUUCCCACCCCUUGGGCCUGGUAGUGACGAUGACUCGCUGUCCAAGCAAAGUGCAUGUUUGUGGCAACCGUCUGCCUUCUCAACACAGAGCGCUGUGUUCCACCAAAGCACCGGAUGCCUGAAGCAUGGCCGCAGAAGGUUCUAGGCUUACGUUUCUUCCUUGUUCUCUUUCAUCCUCUUUAUCUGUGCUGCUUCUGACUCUAGCAUUACUUCCCUGCCUGCGUUUUCGUGAUAACGGAUUCAAACCUUUAACCUAUCAAGUCUUACUACUUUAGAAGGUUUUCGUCAGAAUGCUCUGAGGUUUCACUUGCUGAGUCAUGGUGAACAGGACAAGGAGAGAGGAGAAGAAAAGAAUUGAUCCAUGCUUCCCUCUGAGUAAACAAAGUGACCCAGAUACUACCAACCAUUCUCUUACAGUUUAGUUAUUGGAACUCUCUGAGCAUUUUAUUGGGCAGUUUGGGGAUCAUACAUGUUUGAUAUCAUUUUUAUUCAAAGAUUGCACCCUACCUACAAACACAGUUUUUUAAGUUCUUGUCCAUAAAUUCUUUUUAACAGCCUCCUUUACUAAGGUUCUAUCUCCCAGUCUUGGGAGCCUAUCUGCUCUGGUUUACUUUGGCACAGAUCACAAUCUGAUGGUAUACUUGAACACAUCACAAUCUGAUGGCAUACUUGAACACAUCACAAUCUGAUGGCAUACUUGAACACAUCACAAUCUGAUGGCAUACUUGAACACAUCACAAUCUGAUGGCAUACUUGAACACAUCACAAUCUGAUGGCAUACUUGAACACAUCACAAUCUGAUGGCAUACUUGAACACAUCACAAUCUGAUGGCAUACUUGAACACAUCACAAUCUGAUGGCAUACUUGAACACAUCACAAUCUGAUGGCAUACUUGAACACAUCACAAUCUGAUGGCAUACUUGAACACAUCACAAUCUGAUGGCAUACUUGAACACAUCACAAUCUGAUGGCAUACUUGAACACAUCACAAUCUGAUGGCAUACUUGAACACAUCACAAUCCGAUGGCAUACUUGAACACACCACAAUCUGAUGGCAUACUUGAACACAUCACAAUCUGAUGGCAUACUUGAACACACCACAAUCUGAUGGCAUACUUGAACACAUCACAAUCUGAUGGCAUACUUGAACAAUGGUUGUUUGCCCUCUUUAAUAGCAUUUCAGAUUUUUAUGAACACAGAGAGAUGGGACUGAUGGAAACUGCUACGACGGCUCUUUGACCCAUUACUUCUUUUCCCUGCACUAUCACAUGGCACCUCCAUUGACAGCCUUCACUUCACAAAUGUCCUCAGUGCUGGAUGAGAAUUUGCCCUCUGACUCAUAGAUGAUGGUUUCUGGGUCAUCCUGUGUAACAGUGAGCAAGAUGGCUCUCCGGGUCUUGAAUUCAGGUUAUAUUAAAAGUACAGUCAAAGAGAACUUACAUGUGUUUAUGAUAGAAGGAGGCCUAAUUGGACGGAUGGGAAAGAAUUGUGGAGCAGGAAGUAGUAGAGUUGAGAGGAAGCUGACGCUUCUAUUAUAUCCAUAUGGCUCGAAAAGCUGUUAGACACCUUUAUAGAAACCAGGUGGUAGCAUGAGUCUAGAACUCAUGUUCUAGCCAGAGCUGAGUGGAUUGGUCCCCGGAAUCAUUUGCUUGGAAAUAUAGCUAGAGGAGUGAAGCUGGAAUAGACUCUCGAAGUUGCUGGUAUUUAAAAAGGUAUCUUGGUCAGCAGAGCAGACCAAGUCCCUGAGAGCCCUGAGGUGACCGGGAAAUAGAGCAAAAUUGCCAUUGCUGUUUCAUCUCAGAAGCCUGAGGGGAAAAUACAUCGGGGGAAGAGAAAAAUCAGUCUCAUCCAAUACUUCUUCGAGGCAGACAAAAACAGACAAUUUAGCAAAAUACAGAUGAUUCAAGGGUGGGAGGAGAGGCACGGGUGGGGUAAGUUAAAUGAACAGACUAUAAAUAACACAUAAAUUGAUCCAGGAGGGAGAAGCCACAUCACCACCACUGGAGGACCUUUGUAUGGGACACGUGCAAUGCUUUGCUGUAGGGUCUAAGAAUGAAAAAGUAUAAAAGCAGUCCUCAGGGUUUGGAAGCUAGAACAAGGUCUGUGUAGGCAGACAUUCCGAUCCGUCGAAUCCUGUAAAUGCAUGACUGUAAUUCGUUAGGCUCGUGGACAAGUUGUGUCUUCAUUGGAAGACAGCGUAGCACGGAGAUGAUGGUAGCUAGAAUUCGUCUCUUCUAGGGUGCGUCCUCCAUGACACAGGCCUUGGGCAACGGUGUGCCAUCAAAGAGAAGUUCUUAAGUAGAAGAACACUAACUGUGAUUUGAACAAGGGAAGCACAAAGGGACAUAAUACAUAAAUCAGUUAUGACAAUUUUGGAAGCAGGAAGCCAGAAUCAGAGUGGUGCAGACAAAGCAGCAGUGGGGCGACUUGAUCUGGGUGCCCCUAUGACUGAGAGACAUCUGGACCCACAGUGAAGAUUGCCUUGUGAUCAAGAUGAACGGAUGAGGACAAACUUGGUGGUAUGAAAUUAUUACACCAGGCCUGUCACUGAGAAGUGCCUCAGGGAGGAGUCCGUAAAGAUAGGUUUGAGGACAAGUAAAGAAAAUGUAAAGGCAGGUAAAGAGACUUAGGCUAUGUGUCCGAAGGAGGAAAUGCUGGAAGGGUGGCACCACGAGAGUGAUGUAAUGGUCAGAACAGUAGAAGUGUUUCUUAAAAGACCACAGUAAGCUCAGCUUAGAUGGUGAUACAAGAUGCCUGUUGAGAUCAGCAAAAUGUUCGAAAGAAAAGUAAAACAAGGAUUUUAUAAGAACAGUGGAAUAACUAUUUAAUGAUUAGUCUCCCUUCCUCCCUUCCCCUUCUCCUUCUCCCUCUCCUUUUUUCUCCUCCUCCUUCUCCUUCUUCUCUUCCUCCUUCUCCUUCUCCUUCUCCUUCCCCUCCUCUUCCUUCUUCUCCUCCUUCUCCUUCUCCUCCUUCUCCUCCUUCUAUUCCCUCUUCUUCUAUACCUUCUCCUCCUCUUCUUGUUUUUCUUGUCUUUCCUCCUCUUCCUUCUCCUCCUCUUUUUCCUCCUCCUCCUCCUCUUUUUUUCCUUUCUCUUCUGGUACCCCUGGGAAUUAGAUGUAUAAUGUCUUCCAUUCUCCGUACCCUACCAAAACAGUCUGCCAUGAAAGUAAAAAAUAGCCCAUCUAGGUUCUAUUUGUUAAGAAAAUUGAUUUUUUUUUCCAGCCCAGCUUUUGAAUCUGAAUACAGAGCCUGCGAUUCUUCAGGCUCAGAGCAAUGGGCAUCCUCAGAUCGUCUUGGGAAGGGACCAAGGAUGACAACGAUGGAUCACCGGUUCCCUUCUAGGAUCUUUGUCAACGAGAGGACAUCCAUAACCAGAGAACAACUCAAUUCUUUACUGGAGACUUAUAAUGUUUUCUAUGAAAACCAGAAAAAUCUGCAUAUAUUGUAUGGACAGACCGAAGACGGACAGCUGAUUGUUGAAGGGAUGCUGGACAUUUUCUGGGGAGUCAAACGACCCAUACAGCUGAAAAUACAAGAUGAGAAGCAAAUCUCUUCCUUUGAUCUGUUGAAGUCACCGGAAACCUUUUCCAGCAAAGGGAGGAUGACUCGUUGGGGAGAAUUCGAUGACCUUUACCGUAUUAGUGAGAUGGACAAGACCCAAGCUCUAGCCCCUGAAGCCAGGCAUACCCCGGAAGACUAUUUAUCUUGCUACAGCGUCCUGAAGCAAUGUGCAGAUGAAGAGCCCGAGUCGCCAUUGCUCUACAGGACCGUGAGUGAAGCAGCUUUGGUGAGGAAAAGAAUGAGGGCCCCAGAGAUGUACAGAAAAGACAGAAUGGGGACGCUAGCGAAGCACAGAGCCUCUAUCAAUGGACACGUCUAUGACCAUGAGACGUCCAUCUUCACCCCGACCUUCGGAUCAGAGACUAAGGUCAGAGCCAAUAGUAUUAUGAAAACCGAAGAAGUAAUAAAGCAGCUUCUCCAAAAAUUUAAGAUCGAGAAUAGCCCUCGGGAUUUCGCUCUUUACAUUAUUUUUGGGACAGGAGAGAAGAGAAAGCUAAAGAAGACCGAUGUCCCACUGCUGCAGAGGCUAAUACAAGGGCCAUCCAAAAGCAACGCUCGGAUCUUCCUCAUGGAUAAAGACGCAGAAGAAAUUAGCAGUGAUGUGGCUCCGUACAUUAAUUUUCACUUUUCUUUCUUGAAAUCCAUCCUUCAAAGAUUAGAUGAAGAAGAGAAAAUGGAGAUUGAGAGAAUUAUGGCAAAGUUCAAUACCGAAAGAGCCUUUAUACUGAAGUGUCUUCAGAGUAAACGGGCAGCAAAAACGGAGACCACAGUCUAGAAGCGGCAGCUCCUGCUUGUAAACCCUCAACUGAGUCAGAGGGGGCGCUGCUGAACCGGUGUUCGGUCUGCUCUGCGUCCUAAUAUGCAGGACCUUGAAGCUUUGGGAAGCUGAAGGCCAGGCAGUUUGCUUCCUCUUUGAAAUGCUGAGGUGGGCUGCGGUUCAGAGUUGGACGAAAGCAAGAUGGGACUUCAUCUGGGUAACUGCAGGAAGCCUGCACACUGCCGCUUUCCAAAUAUCAUCCAUAGCGAAUUCUUGACUGAGCUCGGACUGAAGUGGCCUCAGUCUUGUCACAUGGUUUAAACUUGUUUUAUCUUGCACUCUUGAAAGAGCAUAGACCCUCGAUGGCUCAUAGACGAUGGGAAGCAAACAUCUCCAGUUCUUGUUGUAAACCAUGUUCUGAAGCCAUCAGGGAUCUGAACUGACCGUGUUUCGCAGCUGUGGAAAGUUCGAACAUUUUCAUACGAUUUAGAAGUAGAUGCGCGAGGGCUGACGGUUGUUAACUCUGUAGUAUCAGAGUUACCUGAAUUUUUACAAUAAAAUGGUUUUGGACUUUGUAAAGAAACCUAGACUCUAGGCUGGAGAGAAGACUAAGUGGUUCAAAGCAUUGACUAUAUGAACCUAUAUGACAUAUAGGUUCAGUUCCCAGCACCUAUAGGGCAUCUCACAACCGUCUGUAGCUCCCUUCCUGGAGGAUCUGAUACCCACCUAUGUGGGCAUUGCAAGCACAUGGUGCACAGACACAGGCAGGCAAAACAGCUAUAUAUGUAAAAAAUAAACAAAUAUUUUUAAAAGAGAAAACCCUAAA